CUGGGGUGACCCUCGGCCAGUGAAAACGUGCCACUGGAACCCAUUUUGGCCGAACCGAAAACGUCACCUCGAAUUUGGUCCGUAUGAAAUGCUGAUUUGUCGCCCAACUGUCACUGUCUAGCACACUUGAAAGUGUGGAUCUCAAACACCAUGGCUGUCCCUCCCCGACUGAUCAGACCAGCUGCUCAGAUCAGUGCUGGUAGGAUAGCUGGACCUUCACGACUGCCCAUGCCGCCUGAUUACUCCCAACCUGCUCGCUUACUCCUUCGCCCGCUCUCUCACUCAGCGAUAGUCCAGAAUCGUCUGCGCACAGCAUCAGCAUCUGAGCGUCAUGUGCGCUUCUCUCAUCCCAUCAUUACCGGGAGUUAUCCACCUGUGCGCCUUCGACGAUUCGCCUCAACAAUAGUCAAACCCUCAGCCUCGUCUCAUUCACAUUCCCACUCGUCCUCAUCUGCCCCUCCGCCGGAUCCAAGUCCAGAACCCGAGCCCACAUCCGCCUAUGGCCGUUUCAAACAACUGUCAAAAAAGUACGGCAAGUAUGCCAUCGCAGUCUACUUUGCACUGAGCGCUGUGGAUUUGUCCAUAACCUUUGGUAUCGUUCAUGCUUUUGGAGCCGAACGUAUCGAACCUGCUUUCAAAGCCAUCAUCCAUCAAUACAGAAAGAUCCGUUAUGGCGAAGAGGAGGCUAUAAAGAUUGAACAGGAUCAUCAGCGAGAGACAGAGGCAAAGCGUAUGGAGGAAGAGGCCGAGUUGGCAAAAUUGAGUCCAGAGGAAAGGAAGAAGAAACAAGCAUCAACGUGGGGCUCGAGGACGUUCUGGGCAGAACUCGUUCUUGCCUAUACAAUCCACAAGACGUUGCUGUUGCCCGUCAGAGCUGGAUUUACAGUGGCUUGGACGCCGCCGUUGGUCAAGUGGUUGACGGCACGAGGAUGGGUUGGAAAAGGAGGAUUAGUUAGAGCCGCAGAACACGCUCGCGGCAGGGUUCAGACUGCUUCGAGCAAGGUUAGAGAGCGAGCUUCGCGGACAAAGCAGAGGACCGAUCGCAAACGCGACUGAGGACACACCCUUUAUAAAAAGCCAAGCGAUGCGAGCCUUCUUUCCCUG